AGGAGCGAAGACGGUGGUGUUGGUUUGGCGAUCGAGAGAGUGUACUGAAUAGAUGGGAGUAUAGUUUUUGUGUGCGGAAUAGAAUGGAGUGGUUGUGCAUGGGUGGCGGUGACAAGAAUGGUUUGUUGAUGAGUUUCAGGAGCGAAGACGGUGGUGUUGGUUUGGCGAUCGAGAGAGUGUACUGAAUAGAUGGGAGUAUAGUUUUUGUGUGCGGAAUAGAAUGGAGUGGUUGUGCAUGGGUGGCGGUGACAAGAAUGAUUUGUUGAUGAGUUUCAGCAUUAGCCAGCUUAGAUCAGUCAUCUCUCGGUAUAUCGAUAGGCUGUCUAGUAUAUCAUUGAAGCUCUUCGCCUCUGUCUCCUUUUUCACUUUGUUGCGCGAAUGUAUCAGUCUACAUGUUGGUCAGGCCGGAACUCAGAUGGGUGAUUCUUGUUGGGAGCUCUACUGCCUCGAACAUGGAAUACAACCUGAUGGCAAGGUACCUAGCGACUCGACUAUUAAAAACGAUAACGACUCCUUCAGUACGUUCUUCAGCGAGACUAGCUACGGUCGUUACGUCCCACGUGCUGUUUUCGUAGACUUGGAACCUUCAGUUAUUGACAGACUGCGGACUGGCUCUUAUAAGCAGUUGUUCCAUCCAGAACAAAUGAUAAGCGGGAAGGAAGAUGCUGCUAAUAAUUAUGCCCGUGGUCACUACACAGUUGGCAAAGAGUUGGUCGAUGAGGUUCUAGAUCGUAUUCGGAAAUUAUCUGAAAGGUGCACAGGACUUCAAGGUUUCUUAGUGUUCCAUUCAUUUGGUGGAGGGACGGGAUCUGGUUUUACAUCUCUCUUGAUGGAACGUCUUUCCGUUGACUUCGGUAAAAAAGCCAAGUUGGAGUUUGCUGUAUAUCCAGCCCCUCAUAUCUCAACAGCUGUUGUUGAACCUUACAACUCUAUUCUUACUACACAUACAACGCUAGAACAUUCAGAUUGUGCCUUUAUGGUUGAUAAUGAAGCUAUUUAUGAGAUAUGUCGACGAAAUUUAACUAUUGAUCGACCAACAUACAGCAAUCUUAACCGAUUGAUUGGACAAAUUGUUAGCUCCAUUACUGCUUCUCUUCGAUUUAGUGGUGCUUUAAACGUGGAUUUAAACGAGUUUCAAACCAAUUUGGUUCCUUACCCACGUAUCCACUUCCCAUUAACGACAUAUGCACCCAUUAUAUCAGCAGAAAAGGCAUUCCAUGAACAACUGAGCGUUUCAGAAAUUACCAAUUCGUGUUUUGAACCUGCUAAUCAAAUGGUCAAGUGUGACCCAAGAAAUGGGAAGUACAUGGCUUGUUGUUUGUUAUACCGAGGUGACGUUGUUCCUAAAGACGUAAACGCAGCAAUCGCAAAUAUCAAAACUAGAAGAUCUAUUCAGUUUGUUGAUUGGUGUCCCACCGGUUUCAAAGUUGGAAUUAACUAUCAACCACCCACUGUUGUUCCUGGAGGAGAUUUGGCCAAGGUUCAGCGCGCAGUUUGCAUGCUUAGCAAUACUACUGCGAUUUCAGAGGCAUGGGCUCGUUUGAACCGGAAGUUUGAUCUCAUGUACGCGAAACGCGCAUUCGUUCAUUGGUAUGUUGGUGAAGGCAUGGAGGAAGGCGAGUUUUCAGAAGCUCGCGAAGACCUGGCUGCUCUAGAAAGAGAUUACGAAGAAGUUGCUUCAGAUACUGUAGAUGCACACUCUGAUGAUGGUGGUUUUUAAUGUUACUUGACUACUACUUGAAAUAUAUUUUUUUACAUCCCAGU